AUGACAGUAUUAUGCAAUCAACAAAUUUGCAUCUGCCAUUUUUUCAGAAUCUAAUAAUUCUUCCAGCUAAGAAGGCUGAAGAAUAAAUAGUUGUCAAUUUAUAACUAAAAAACCGAAUUUUAAAGUGAUUUUUACCCCUAAUUUGAUCGAACUGAUCCUAAAGAAUAAUCGAAAAUGAUUAACAUACAGGCAAAACGAUUGGCCUCACAUGCCGUGUCGCUCAAUCAACGAUGGUUCCACGCAAGCUGUGUAGCAUCUGCCAAAGUGGCUAUGUCGAAAUUCGAUCAAGGCGUUUACAUGCCGUACGAAAAACUUGCCGGCAACAUCGAUCAAGUGAAGAAACGCUUGAAUCGCCCGUUGACCUUGUCCGAAAAAGUCCUCUACUCCCAUUUGGACAAACCAUCCGAACAAGAUAUUGUACGCGGUGAAUCGUAUCUACGUUUGCGACCCGAUCGAGUGGCCAUGCAAGACGCCACCGCUCAAAUGGCUAUGUUGCAGUUUAUUUCGUCUGGGCUUCCAAGAGUUGCUGUGCCAUCGACCAUCCAUUGUGAUCAUUUGAUUGAGGCACAAGUUGGUGGCGAGAAGGAUUUGGCGCGUGCAAAAAAUAUAAAUGAAGAAGUUUACCGUUUCUUGGCGACAGCCGGAGCUAAAUACGGAGUAGGUUUCUGGAAGCCAGGCUCUGGUAUUAUCCAUCAGAUCAUUUUGGAAAAUUACGCUUUCCCGGGUCUGCUGAUGAUUGGUACAGAUUCGCAUACUCCAAAUGGAGGCGGUUUGGGUGGUUUGUGUAUCGGUGUUGGUGGUGCUGAUGCUGUCGACGUAAUGGCAGAUAUUCCAUGGGAAUUGAAAUGUCCCAAGGUCAUCGGUGUACAUUUGAGUGGCAAAAUCAGUGGCUGGACGUCACCAAAGGAUGUCAUCUUGAAGGUAGCUGAUAUUCUUACAGUAAAAGGAGGAACUGGCGCUAUCAUUGAAUAUCACGGCAAAGGAGUCGACUCAAUUUCUUGUACUGGCAUGGCAACUAUUUGCAACAUGGGAGCCGAAAUCGGUGCAACUACAUCAUUGUUCCCGUUCAACAGUCGAAUGGCUGACUACUUGAAAUCCACCAAUCGUGAAGGCAUUGCUUCGGAAGCCAACAAAUACCAGGCUCAACUGUUGACGGCUGAUGCAGGCUGUCAAUACGAUGAAGUGAUUGAAAUUAAUUUGGAUAAGCUGGAGCCACACGUGAAUGGACCAUUCACUCCAGAUUUGGCUCAUCCAAUCAGUAAGCUCGGCGAAAACUCCAAGAAGAAUGGCUAUCCAAUGGACAUCAAAGUUGGUUUGAUUGGAUCGUGUACAAAUUCAUCGUACGAAGAUAUGGGACGUUGUGCCUCGAUUGCCAAAAAUGCUCUUAAGCACGGAAUCAAAUCCAAAAUCCCAUUCAAUGUAACCCCGGGAUCAGAGCAAAUUCGUGCCACCAUCGAACGUGACGGUAUCGCCGAAACAUUCAGACAGUUUGGCAGUACGGUUUUGGCUAACGCUUGCGGUCCAUGUAUUGGUCAGUGGGAUCGUCAAGAUGUAAAGAAAGGUGACAAGAACACCAUUGUUACAUCGUACAAUCGUAAUUUCACCGGACGUAAUGACGCCAAUCCAGCCACUCAUUGCUUCGUAACCAGCCCUGAAAUGGUCACUGCUCUUUCAAUUGCUGGUCGCCUUGACUUCAACCCCUUAACCGAUGAACUAACAGGCAGCGAUGGAAAGAAAUUCAAAUUGGAUUCACCGUUCGGCGAUGAACUUCCAUCGCGAGGAUUCGAUCCCGGCAUGGAUACUUAUGAUGCCCCGCCAAAUGAUGGAAGCAAAGUUAGAGUUGAUGUCGACCCAAAGAGUCAGCGACUCCAAAUCUUAGAACCCUUCGAUGUGUGGAAUGGCAAAGAUCUGACCGAAAUGACCGUUUUGAUUAAAGUGAAAGGAAAGUGUACAACCGAUCACAUUUCAGCUGCUGGACCAUGGCUCAAAUACCGUGGACAUUUGGACAACAUUUCAAACAACAUGUUCAUUGGUGCCGUCAAUUCGGAAAACAAUGAAGUCAACAAAAUCAAGAACCAAUUGACCGGUGAAUGGGGUGGUGUACCCGAUGUAGCUCGCAGCUACAAAUCAAAGGGAGUGAAAUGGGUUGCCGUUGGCGAUGAGAACUACGGCGAAGGAUCAUCCCGCGAACAUGCCGCUUUGGAACCACGUCAUUUGGGUGGCCGUGCUAUUAUUGUAAAAUCGUUUGCUCGCAUCCACGAAACAAAUUUGAAGAAACAAGGAAUGUUGCCGUUGACGUUCGCCAAUCCAGCUGAUUAUGAUAAGAUCCAACCAACCGAUAAAAUCUCAAUCCUCGGCCUCGCUAACUUUGCUCCAGGCAAACCAGUUGAUUGUGAAAUCAAACAUGCCGACGGUAAGGUGGAUAAAAUUAAACUGAACCAUACGUUCAACGAUCAACAGAUCGGCUGGUUCAAGGCGGGUAGUGCACUCAAUCGCAUGAAACAAAUUGCUGCUGGCAAAUAAAUUAUUUUAAAUUUUUCUGUUAUUUUACCUACAAUAUUUUUUAAACAAAAAGAAAAAAAAACCAUCUCAAAAUUUGUAACGUGCAUCUCCCAAUUAAUUACAAACGAAUUUGUUUAUUUUAAAAUUUUUAUUUUUUUUUAUAUUCAAGUCAAAAUUUGUAUUCAGUGUUUGUUAUUUGCCAUCGCAGAUGAGUCGCGAAACAGGUCUGUAUCAUUACUAAGCGAAACGAUAAUUAAUUAAUUAAAAAGAAGAGUUUGUAGUAGCGCUGGUGCUAAGAGAAACAAUAAAAGAAAUUGUAUAUAUCAAUGCAACCAA